CCGUCGCAGCGUUAACGCGUAUGUUAGUGUGUUGUAGUUGCUGUUCCAAGCUCGAACCACGUGCGUUGAUGUUUCUGAGCUCCACACGAGCCGGGAGUGCAAAAAGUGCAUUUUUACCCUAGCAAAACAGAGCAAGUUGCAGGCUCAGACCCGAACGACCUCAGUUGGGAGAGUGGCUUGGUCUAGCGUGGCUUCCACCAGUGAGAGUGAGAGUUCCAGAAGACCUCAAACACGCGCACCUUAUUUGGGGGCAAUUAUAAAAGUGUUAUUCCGCAUAUUGGCGUCCCUUAGUACUACAUGGACUGUUGAUACAGAAUGAAGUGGAUUAUUGUGUUGAUGGUGCUAGUGUCUCUUCUGACACUCGGAACUAAUGCCGCUGGCGAGAAGAAGCCUGAGAAGAAACCUACGAAAAAGGCAUCCUCGGUGAAACCUACCAAAACACCUAAAUCCAUUGUCGAAGAAUUCACCGGCCUGCCACCAGCAGACGUAGACUUCAUCAAAGAACUCGAUAAACAGUUCAACGAGCACGGGAACAAAAUCCGCAUCAAGGUUGAACGAGAAAACAGUACCAACCUGAAAAAUACUAAGAGAACUAUUGACGGCGAAGUCGGAUAUGGUCACUACAACAACCAACCCGAGGGCGGGUAUCAUUUUUCCAAACCGAAAUACAUGUUAUACCCUUCAGCACAGCACAGCCUUCCUAUGAAAACAACGCACGUGACAGAUGAAACCGUCACCGAACUAGAAAUCACACCUUCUCACGGCUACGAACUGAGACCUGCCGAAGAUGUAUAUCAAAUAAAUCCUAACGGUCGCUAUAAUGUGGCAACACAUGAACAGCAAUAUUAUCAUCAGCAACAACAACAACAUCACCAUCAACAACAACAACAGCUAUAUGCUCAUCAACAGCAACAACAGCACGAGGAAAGUCCCACAAUUGUGUUGAGAAUUCCCGGCCCUGCAAAAUAUGCCCAACAUCUGCAAGCUCUGCUGCAGCAAUAUUUGGAAAUUCGAGCAGCUCAACUGUACAGGGAAAUACAAGAACAGGAAUAUCAACAGCAGCAACAUGCUAUUCAACUGCAACAACAGCAGCUAGUUCAUCAGCAACAGCAACAUCAUCAACAGCAGCGUUAUCGUCAUCACCAUCGUAAUCACCAUCACCAGCAGCAGCCCCAGCAGGCACAAGCGACAAGAUAUAGCCAGCCUGACCCAUAUCACCAUACUUACAUUCCAGUACAUGAAAAUUACUACGAAUCACCGAAGAGCCGCCCGACCCAACCUGCCUACCGUAAACCUGGACCAACACAUGUCGCUUAUCAUAGCUCUCCAGAGCCAGAGCAUUCCGCCUACCAGUACGAGACAUACCAUCAGCAUCAGCACCCCCAGCAGCACCAAACUCAGGUUCAAUACCAGUACGUAAACCAGCAAGAACCCACAGCUCACGAGGAAGAACCCCAGCCAUACGUUUACGAGAAGCCAUCAAUUAAUUUCGUCACUCCCAUCCCCGGACAAGAGCAUCAUCAAGAGCAGUACCAACAACCCCCGAAAUAUCCCAAUUUUGCCGAAUAUCAUGCCCAACACCGACCUCCCCAUCAAGAAGCGGAGGAAUACCUCCCAGAACCGAAACUAGUUGAAAAUUAUCCCAGUGACAAACACACCCGUGUAAUCUACACCUCCCAGGAGGUAAAGGCACACCUUCAGCAGCAAGCAUCUCAAGAGCCUUCGGGCGACUACGAGGGUCCCCAUCAGAUUCAAGAGCAACCAGACGACCAUGAUCAGCCACAGUACAUAUACCAGGCAGUCUUCCCCUCCCAGCUUCCCUACAUAGAGAACAAAGCGUUCGUCGAGAACGUUACGCCGCAGCCGGGCAACGACUUGCACGGUCACAGUUCAUCGGUGGCACCCGAUGCCGAACCCCAUUACAAUAACGAACAGAUCAUAGCGAUUACCCAGAAGCCCAAACACAUAUUCAUCCACGCGGCAAACUCCCCACGGCCAAACGGAGGGGGUCACCGUACACAUUCGACCAGAUCCGCUGCCAAUAAGGGUGCCGCCAGUAAUCAAGGAUCGGGCAAGGGAUCCACUAAGCGGGACGCCCCAUACACCGAGGAACAAUUCAGAAAGGUCAACAAAAUGGUGCAUCGAAUGAAGAAGAAGAGUCAAGGUGCAACAACGACACCGGAGAGCCAGACGAGUGCGAAAAGCAAUCAGUAAUAGCAUAGGAGCCACAUUGUACUUCCAUUGUAUGUAGUCUCCCCCCUACCCAGUGUUUAUUUUUGUUUUUUGUUGUAUAUGUUAAGUUUUAGAAGCUGUUAUUUAAAUUGUUAGUUCAUAAUACCGUAAAAAGGAUUAUCAGAGUACGAGACGAAACUCCAGACGUUAGCGGAGUAACUCGAUUUAUCGCAUUUUGUGUCGAUGACAAAAUACCAAUGGAUUGUUAUGAUUCAAUUCCGCAAGACCAGAACGUAAAAUCUCAUUUUCAUUAUAGUCAAUUGAAACAUUUAUGAUUAAGAAACGAU